GAUGAUGAGGAGGAGACCAUCUCUCUGGAUUCCAGAAGGCAUGAGGACCCAGAUGCUAUACAGUGGGAAAACCAGCCUGGCAACAUAAGCUCACAAGCUAUCAGAAAGUUGUAUGGCAACCACCUCCGGCGCCAAAUAGAACUGGCAGACAUAGACAUUCAGUACAAGAAGAAAAAGAUGGAAAAUCUUGCACUGGAGUCCGAAAUAAAAAAGAGGACAAUUAGGAAACUGGACCUUGAAAUAAAAAAACUUGAGAGGGAGGUGAGAUAUGCCUUCAAUGUACACUGUAUGCUAACUGUAACACAAAUGUAUUAAUCAUUAUUUUUCUUUCCUCCCCCAGCUCCAAGAAGAUGACACAGCUGAAAAUAAAAAUUAGGUAUAUUCUCGUAAAGUCAAGUGAGCCAUGACAUAUGAGCUCUUAUUGUGAGCACACAGGACGGUGGCAUCUUUCUAAGGUUUUUUUUAUUUUCCCAGCAAUCAGUACAACCAAGUCAUCGUUAUAAGGCAUCGCCCUCUUUUGCCCACCCCCCCAGCACCAGGUGUGGCCACUAGCCUAUAUGAAGGCCCAAAAUUGUGUGUUCCUUUCUGCUCUGACAAUGGCAUGCCCAUUCGUGCGAGAUGUGGUGGAUGAAGAAGCACUUGUGCUGAGGAGAGCCUUCAGGCGAGAAAGGGUCUUCAGGGACCGGUUGGACCCACUGGCCUUCCCUGAUGACCAUCUAUAUGAAAGAUACAGGUUUUCUGCAGAUGGCAUCAGGUAUCUAUGCAGACUACUGGGUCCCAGGAUUAAGCACCGCACUGCACGGAGCCAUGCACUGAGUGUGGAGCAAAUGGUUUGUGUGGCCUUGCGCUUUUUUGCUAGUGGAGCCUUCCUGUACUCAGUGGGGGAUGCAGAACAGCUGAACAAGGCCACAAUUUGCCGCACAAUAAGGAGUGUGUGUCUGGCUAUCAAAGCAUUAGCAGAUGUCUUCAUCUCCUUCCCUGGCCACAGAAGACUCUGUGACAUCAAAGAGGAGUUCUAUAGGAUUGCAGGUUUCCCCAAUGUCAUUGGUGCAGUGGACUGCACACACAUAAGGAUAAAAGCCCCCUCAGGUGCCCAUGAGGCCGAUUUUGUGAAUAGGAAAUCCUUUCACAGCAUUAAUGUUCAGAUGGUCUGCAAUGCUGACUGUGUGAUCAGCAAUGUUGUGGCAAAAUGGCCUGGCUCAGUCCAUGACUCCAGAAUCUUUCGGGCCUCUGAAAUCUAUCAGUGCCUAUCACAAGGUGAAUUCUCUGGUGUGUUGCUGGGAGACAGGGGGUAUGGCUGCCAGCCUUUUCUCCUGACACCUUUCACAGACCCCCAGGAAGCACAGCAGGCCUACAACCAUGCCCAUGCCAGGACCAGGGCCAGAGUUGAAAUGACCUUUGGCCUCCUGAAGGCACGCUUUCACUGCCUUCACAAAUUAAGGGUCAGCCCUGUUAGGGCAUGUGAUAUUACUGUGGCUUGUGCUGUCCUCCACAAUGUGGCCUGCCUGAGGAAGGAGAGGGCCCCCAGAGUGCCACCAGCCAUGGACUGGGACAAUCCGGCAAUCUUCCCUGAUGACGACAGUGGUCGGCUGCUGAGGGACCAAUAUGUGUUGAAUUAUUUUAGUUAGUAUGUGUGCUUUCAAUUUUGGUUAAAUAUGUCCUGCGGUGGCAGAGGAAUUUGGGUUUUUUUGGGUUCGUUUUUUUACGAAUUUGGCCUCUUAUGAUGUUUGUGCGGUAUACUGUGUGUAAUACAAGGCUGCAGGGAGGCUACUGCAUCCAUUCAUUUGUCUGUUCAGUUGAUGUGUAUGGAUUUGUCCUGCAUUUAUUUUAGUGUGCAGACAUGCAGGGUGUGUUAUAUACAGACCUUUGAAUGUGUAUGUAUCAUUUUGUAUAAUAUGCUUGGAUUCUGUGCUUUCCAUCUUGUAGAGUC